AGUGAAACAAUAGCAAAACAGUUUAUACAGACUACGACAAUCGUCCCUCUGUGAACAUAUUUAUUUAUUCACAUAUUUGCUUUAAUCGGGUAGGUUAGCUAGUAGGUUAACUGAAUUUAGCUUUUGGGUGGCGGCUUUGUCUAUUUGCUGGAAUGCGGCGUAAUGGCUGACUGUAGCAAUGACAGUGAUGCAGUUGUACGGUAUGGGAAAAUGCUUGUCCGCUUCUCCAUGGCUGGGAUCCAUGAGAUUCCCACAUCGUGGCUUCCGUUUCAGAUUGUAGUCGGUGCCCGUUUCGUGCAUGACAUGAUAGUGUAACUGCUGGCUAAAGUUGGCAUUUAGCGUUGGCCAGCAGAACACUUUAACGUAUUAGUUAACUUUAGAAUGACUGAACGGUUGUUAAAACGCGUUAACGUUACUAUAAUGUAACGUUACAUUUUGUAUCGCCGUUAGAAUCGGUUUCACCCAUAUACUGUCCAGCCGUGUUGUCGUUACAUUACAACUACGCUAACUAAAGUUACCUUUUUAUAAAGUUAAACCACAAUGUAACGUGUUAGCUUUUUAACUGAAGUGGGAUGCAUUUAAUUCCAUUAACUAUUCACACUCCAAAAGCAUUACUCCGACUUGUCAGCUGCUUCCAUUUCCGCGGCUUUUUUAGCCGGUGAUGCGGUGGUUACGCGGCACAGCUAGCCACCCACUCAUUGGACAUUCGCAUGCGGUGGAGCCUGCAGCCUGUCUUCUCCAUACCGCUUUUCCACAGACUGCAGUUAGCCGCUAGCCAGUCUUUUUCCAGGAGAAAGACAACUUUAAAAUUGUCGCGCUCUGUGAACCUGGAGGGGGUUAGAUGGGAUGGACAGCAAAGGUAGCUCCCUGCCUUCGAUGCCUGAACCAGCCAACCCUAUCAGCAUGAAGCAGCCGCCAGAAUCCCUCAGUGUACGGAAAGGUGGGGGAGACAUGAGCAGUGACCCUUCUCUACUAAUGGACAAAGCUGCUGCCCAGCUAGCCGCCACACUACAAGACGGUGUCCUUCAGAAGAUGGCUGGCCACAGUCAUAACAACCACAGCCAUGAGCGGCUCAAAGACCUCACCUCCCGUGUGCUGAAUGGGGACCAAGACACGCUGCCUAAGCUUUGUGCUCCGGAGCCACCUAUGCUUAAGGGCGCUGAAGCCCCUGCUACAAAUGGCACCCAUCAGCACAAUUGCACUCCUCAUACUGAACCUGAACUGAAAGUGAUGAUACCCCAGGUGGUCAAGCAGCCGCUGUUUAAACCAUGCUGUGCCAAUGGGACCAGUUUGGCCACAACCGCUGAAGAUACUAUAUCUGGACCCGAGAAGAGACAGGACGUGAAGAAAAGGAGAGGGAGACCUCACAAACCAGAACCAAACCUCAGUUCCUCUACCAUCCCUGUGGAGCCACUUGACCACACAAAUGCUGUAGAUGGGACUGGAGCAGCUGAUGAGCCUGAUGUCAUCUCAGAGUUGACGGAGGAGGCUACAGAAGAGUCCCCUUUGCUGAUCUGUUUUUCUGUUGGUGAUUUGGUUUGGACCAAGGUGUCAGGAUACCCCUGGUGGCCUUGCAUGGUGACCACAGACCCAGAAUUCAACAAUCACUUCAAACAGAAAGCAGCCAACAGCAGGUCGGGCCUCCUUUACCAUGUGCAGUAUUUUGGAGACGCCCCUGAGAGAGGCUACAUCUUUGAGAAGAAUAUGGUGUCCUUCACAGGGGAGGAUCAAUACCAGGAGCUUAGCCAGGGCAACAAACAGCCAGCCUCCCGUGUCAUCCACAAAAAGACGGCUCCCUCUGUGCCCCGUAAACUCCAGGCUCAGUGGAACAUGGGCGUCAUUCAGGCCAAGGAGGCCUUCUGCAUGUCACUGGAUGAGCGCAUGGUGAACUUUGCAUUUCUGUAUGAUGAUGAUGGGCCUCAUCUGAACCCCCGCAUCAUGGAGAAGUUGAAGCCAGAACAGAGCAACAAGAUGGACCAGGAAACAGAGUCUAGGCUUAGCCCAGAUCUCCCCUCUGUGCUGGUGUCCCAAGACAGCACUUCAACAGGGAAAAAGACACAAGCACCCAAAGCGAAAUUUAGAGCGGGAGAAUGGCGGAAAGGGGGCAAAGGCCAUCUAAAUGAUUUCCUGUUGAAAAAUGAAUUGAACGACACAGUUUCUUCCAAAGAAAUGCUUCAUCCACAGCCAGCCUCACAGGAUCCCACCACUUCUGCACCAGAUAUACAAGCUGAAUCAGCCAUACCUCAGAAGAAAAAGAGGAGACCCAAACAGGCUCAGUCUCCCAGAAAGACAGUGAGGAGAAGGAAAAAAUCUGCAACAGACAACACCUCUGAUCCCAUGAAGAAAAGGAAAGCAAAGCUGGUUUCUUCGACAGGCGAUAUUUCGGAAUCACUCUCACUUCUAGUUUCAGUUCCAGUCAAGCGGGAGCGGAAGAAGACUGCUAAAAGGCCACUAACAGGCGCUACAGCAGACGAGGGUCAGCAGCCUAAAAAGAGACGUAAAACAAGCAAAGAUGCUGACAAACAGGCCUUGACUUCAGAAGGAGCAGACAAAAAGCAGAGAAGAAGGAAGAGAACCGACAAUGACGUAAAAGAAACCAAGAAGCGAAUGAAUAAGUCAAAAGCUCUCCACACUGAUGACCAAGAUGCUGAGAAACCAAAGCGUAGGAGGAAAAGGAAACAGGAUGGAGAGAACCAGGCCACGCCCUCCAAGGCAAAGAAGAGGCGGUCCUCCCUGUGUCCUGAUCCCGAGGGCUCUGGGAGUGAAGAACGUCCUGAUUCUCCAAGUGACAGCUUAGACGGGACAAAGAAGGGCGAACGGAAGAAAGAGUUUGUCUGCCAGGUGUGUGAGCAGGCUGGUGAAGACUUGGUGCCCUGUGAAGGCCAGUGUUGUGGGAUGUUUCACCUCCACUGUCUGGGUCUGUCAUUCAAACCCGACGAGAAGCUGCUGUGUCAGGAGUGCAGCACAGGAAUUCACUCGUGUUUCAACUGUAAGCAGUCCGAGGGCGCAUUGCGUCGCUGCCACGUCCCACACUGCGGCAAGUUUUACCACGAGGUGUGCCUCCGCCUCAACCCCCUCACUGUGUUCGACAACAAGGGCUUCCGCUGUCCGCUCCACACCUGUCUGAGCUGCCACUACGGCCGCACCAAGCACAAGUCCACCAAGGGUAGGUUGAUGCGUUGCCUGCGCUGCCCUGUUGCGUACCACGUAGGUGACCUGUGUGUGGCUGCGGGCAGUGAGAUGAUCACCAACACCGCCAUCAUCUGCACCAACCACUUCCACGCCAAGAAGGGCUACAGCCACCACAGUCAUGUCAACGUCAGCUGGUGCUUCGUCUGCUCCAAAGGAGGGCAGCUGCUGUGCUGUGAGUCUUGUCCAGCAGCUUUCCACCCUGACUGCCUGAACAUCGCUAUGCCUGAUGGGAGCUGGUUCUGUAACGACUGUCGGGCCGGAAAGAAACCCAAAUACAGAGACAUCAUCUGGGUCAAACUGGGAACAUACAGAUGGUGGCCUGCAGAGAUCCACCACCCCAGAAACAUCCCCACCAACAUCCAGCAUCUUCGACAUGAGAUUGGCGAGUUCCCAGUUUUCUUCUUCGGCUCCAAGGAUUACUUCUGGACUCACCAGGGCCGAGUGUUUCCAUACAUGGAGGGAGACAGGGGCAGCAAGCACCAGAGGACUGGCAUCGGCAAAGUCUUCAAGAAUGCUCUGUUGGAGGCUGAAGCGCGAUUCAAGGAGAUUAAAAUGAAACGAGAGGCCAAGGAAGCACAAGAGAACAGCCGGAAGCCACCCCCAUAUAAAUUUAUCAAGGUAAACAAACCUUUUGGUAAGGUUCAGGUCUACACCGCAGACAUUUCUGAGAUCCCUAAGUGUAACUGCAAGCCGACAGACGAGAGACCGUGUGGGUUUGAGUCCGAGUGUCUGAACCGCAUGCUGCAGUACGAGUGCCACCCUCAGGUGUGUCCCAGCGGGGAGCGCUGCUGUAAUCAGGACUUGACCAAACGUCUCUACCCAGAGACCAAGAUCAUCAAGACGCCCGGCAAGGGCUGGGGCCUGGUGUCUCUCCGGGACAUCAAGAAGGGUGAGUUUGUGAACGAGUACAUCGGAGAACUGAUAGACGAGGAGGAGUGCAGGGCAAGGAUCAAGUACGCCCAGGAAAACAACAUCACCGACUUUUACAUGCUCACCAUUGACAAGGACCGGAUCAUUGACGCUGGUCCGAAGGGAAACUACUCUCGCUUCAUGAACCACAGCUGUCAGCCCAACUGUGAGACGCAGAAGUGGACGGUGAACGGCGACACACGGGUUGGCCUGUUUGCUGUCUGUGACAUCCCAGCAGGGACUGAGCUGACCUUUAAUUACAACCUGGACUGCCUUGGCAAUGAGAAGACCGUCUGUCGCUGCGGUGCUCCCAACUGCAGCGGUUUUCUUGGUGAUCGACCUAAGAACUCAAAUGGCCAAACAGCCGAGCCAAAAGGGAAAAGGUUGAAGAGAAAGUAUAAAAAGAGGAAAUCUGAGGGAAAGAAGAAGUCUGAGGACGAGUGUUUCCGCUGCGGGGACGGAGGGCAGCUGGUGCUCUGUGACAAGAAGACCUGCACCAAAGCUUACCACCUGUCCUGCCUGAAUCUCACCAAGAGACCCUUCGGCCGCUGGGACUGCCCCUGGCACCACUGUGAUGUCUGCGGGAAAAACUCUGAGGCCUUCUGCCAGCUCUGCCCCAACUCCUUCUGCAAGGCUCACCAGGAGGGGGCGCUGCGUCCCUGGCCUCCCACAGGACAGCUAUGCUGUCUGGAGCAUGACGAGUUGGAGGGAACGGACAACCAGGAUCGGGAUGUCAACUCUGAGACGAAUGCCACGAGCGCCACUACUGCCACCAUCGCCGGUCGUCCUAAAGGCUCCAGGAAGGCAGAAGGAGCCGAGGCCAAAACAAAGGGCUCCAAGAGGAAAGCAGCAGAGGCCUGAAGUGACCUUUGACCCCUCAGAGAGCCAGAACAACAAACUAUACUCUGACACUUGCUUCCCCAUUCAUGAACAAAUAUAAACCCCACGUAAUAAUAUCACCAGAACCAAGGCACUGUACGUCUUCAUCAUCAGGGAAAGCCGCUGAUCUCUCACAUGCUCGGCAACAGCCUCUAGCUAAUCGCUCAAACUUUUCUUUUUUUUUUUUAUCUGUUAACAUUUUCAGGUUUAUUUUCACUUGUCUGCACUGAGGCGAACCAUCUGUGGUAAAGCACAAAGCAGUGGCGCGAGCGCAGGUCAGGCAACUUCAGCUAGUUCUCUCAUUCUUCGCCAAACAAACUGCCUUUUUAAUUUUGUUUUUAUUGUUGUUUGUUUUGAUUAUUUGAUUUUUAGAAUAACAAAAUGAACCAGUUGGUUUCUACAGAAAAACUGAAACAGCCGGAAGUAAAACUGAGCAGCAGCGUCACCGUCUGCUAACUUGAAUCUCAGUCACCCCCGUUACUCAACACGGAUGACCUUGAACAGCAGAGUUUUAUAGCUAUAUGUAUAUGUGUAUAUCAAAGACCAAAAUUAUGAGUACUGGAAUAGUGUAAGACAUCAAACAGGUUGCCGAAAUGGAUUGUUUUUAUUUUUAUAUAUAGUGUGUAUAUAUGCCAGAUGUAAUAUCGAACACCAAGACACUAUGGAUAGGCCUCAGAUGACCUGUUUACUUCUAUUUCGUAGUCAUAGGUUGCAUUUAAUUGUAGACAUUCGUUUGCUAUUUUACAACCUGUUAUUUUGUUUUAGCUCAGUUUUACUGUUUAGAUUCGACUGAUUUCUCUUCUUCUUUUUUUUUUAUCAGCAUGCUGAACGAUGGCGCCACAAACCGUUUAUCUACCUGCCUGUCCAGAGAAUGAGGGAUUACAGAAAGUAUUAAACCGAGAGUGCUCUUAAACUGCCGUCUGACAUAGAAACACUACUGGGAGGUUUAUAGGUCUUUAAUGCUCUCUGCUCGAUGUUAAAUGAAGGAAUAUAUGCGAUUUUUCUUGUACAUUUUUCAAUGUUGAGUUUUGACUCCUAACCUUAAGGUGCGGUUUAUUGUUCGACUGUAGUAGAUACUCAAGUAUCUGACAUCUAAGGUGCAAAGAUUUUUAUGUAUAAAUAUACACAUCAUGCUGAUUGUGAAGGCCUUUCAGUGCCACUGGCUGGGCUUUUUAUUGAUGAUAAAUUCACUGAGUACUUCAUCUGUAGCUGAGGUUUUUAAAAAAAAAAAGACCUCAACUUUGUUAAUCCUCAGGAGGUUUUUAGUCUCAAAACUGCGUCUGCUUGUUGUUUAAUACUUUAUCGCAGGCUAACAGCACAUUGGCAAACACCUUGUUACUCCAAUUUUGGUAAUUUGUUCAUAUUUGUACUUGACAUGAAGCAUUACAAGGAGGGUUAAGAAAACUAUAGAAUACGGUGGCCAUUGUAGGACAUGUCAGGCUCAGCUCUGUGUUGUCACACUUAAGCAUUCAUCAUCCUCAGUGGUCCGUGAGCUCCAGCUGCACUUCUUAAUCCUCAGCGGUACUUAACGCGUGAUGCUAAUGCUGCCUUGUUGUCGAUCGGAGUUACUGUAAUUACCAGUUUACCAUUUGCAUCAUCCAGUCAAAAUUACAACUGAGAAACGAAACUAAGAAAUAUGGAUGGACUGCUGUCAGCCAAAGUUCAGGUUUAAUGGAUAUUAGAGUUAGAACUACGAGUUGAUUAAUCAGGUACUAGAUUGAUAUAAAAAUGAUCUGCAACUAUUUUGAUUUAGCAAUUAAUCGUUAAAGUAGUUUUCCAAGGAAUAAUGCCAAACUUUCCCUGGUCUAGUUCCAGCUUCUUAAUUUACAUUGUUUCUUCCUCUUAUGUGAUAAUAAACUAAAUAUUGUUGUUUUGGACUGUUGGUCGGUUGCACAUUUGGUCCAAUGAGGGUAAAAAAAAAACCAGUCUCUUCAAUUUUCUGGUGACGUGAAUACUCGCCAGUGCUAGCAUGCGGCGCAAACAGGUCCAAUCUACUGAAACUCAGGCUAAUCAGUUUGAAAUAUAUGCUUUGUUUAUAUGUACUAUAUGAUUAUGGUGCUGAUUUCAAUAUUAACUUUCAAACCCAAGUGACAUCAAGCUCUAGCUGGAGUUUAUGUAGCAGCGAUAACCAAAUUUGCAACAUUGCAGGCUGCAAUUUGCAGCACAAGAUAAUUUCUUCAUUAAACCAAAUGCCGUACUUGCAUCCCAUGCAUGAUCAUGUGAGUGCUCUUUAGGACUUCCUAAUUUAUCCACAAUUUGUGAGCAGCAGUCUUUUCGUGAAACGUGACGCUGCAACUACAUGCGUGCAAAUUGUUUUUGUGAAACAGGCACCCAGUUCACAAGGAGCCCAGAAGAGCACUCUUAAGGUGUUCACUUAAAAUGUUUGAGUCAGUAUUGAAAUUUUCAUCAUAAUGAUACUGGUGUACAUUCCCUAAACAUGCAAUCGGCACAUAUAUUUGAAAGUGAUGAACCUGAAGUCCAUUAGACUGGAGCUGUUCGUAACACUAAGCUGAGCCAAAUCUGAAAAUAUUCAGCUUAGCCUUCCAAGUUGAGUCUGAAAUGUCCUAAAAAGGCCACCAUACUUGGAGCUUUGAAACCAUUUCCACCUAACUGAUUACUUUUUGAAUGGAUCCGUCAUAUUUAAGUCGUAAGACAUUUUGAUGGAUUAAUGUCAACAGUCUCUCUUUUGGGUCGGUCAUGUGUUGUUGUUGUUGUUGUUUUUUUGUUUGUUUGUUUUCCCCAGCAACGCUGAGGCUACAGACAAUUGUUGUGCCUUCUUAAUUUCAUGUUUGACGUUCAUAAAAAGUUGGAUUGUUUCAUCUUAGAAUCUGAAUCUCUCCGAACAGGCGGCUUGUUUCGGCCAUUUUAUCUGAAAGCCACUAUCCGUGCUUUUUCCUUCUUCCUCUGGGAUCUCUAAAACUUCUCCAGAAACCAGAUUAGAGUCGUACGACACAACAGGAGGCCAUGUUUUUGCAACUGCACCUUUUUUUUAUUUUAUUUUUUGUUUUUUUUUAUUUUCCCAGGGCGCGUGAAUGGGAUAUGUCCAGAGGUGCAGCAAGUCUCGUACGAGUAUUUUCGACUUUGUAGGUAUCCUAACCUUGUGUUGAGUGAAUGUAGUCCAGCCCGUUAUUUUUGUAAGCACUGUAAUUCCCUGUAGAGCUGAAGUGUAACGUGUGCGUAGGGGUUUCAUUCUGUAACUACUGUCAUAGUAAACCAGAGACUAAUAUGUACAUAAUGUAUAAGUGGUAAUAGUGAUGCAUCUAUUGUAAAUAUCAUACAAUUUCUCAGAUAUUGUAUGUUUUUGUUUUUCUUUUCUUGAUGCAGUGCUGAAACACUUUUGUGCAGGAUCUCACGUCUGUUGAAUCGUGCAAUAAAAAGUGACCAAACAUGCA